AUGGGAGAAAUAGCUGACAACAACUUCCAUGUGGAACUUCUCUGUAAAUUAUGUGUCACAUUUCAUUUUGUCCCUAGGAUUUCAAGCAAGACACUACCUUUGUAUCUGAAGGAUUCCAUCACAACCUGGGAGGUGCUGGCUGUGAGCAUUGCACCCACCAAAGGGAUCUGCGUGGCUGAACCUUAUGAAAUAACAGUCAUGAAAGACUUCUUCAUUGAUCUUCGAGUGCCGUAUUCAGUAGUGAAGAAUGAGCAGGUGGAGAUUCGAGCUGUUUUGUACAACUAUGCUGACAAGGAUAUUUAUGUGCGAGUGGAACUGUUAUACAACCCAGCCUUCUGCAAUGCUUCCACAGAAGGACAAAGAUACCGAGUGCAGGUCCCAGUUAGAGCCCUGUCCUCCUGGGCAGUACCGUUUGUGAUAGUCCCAUUACAGCAAGGAUUACAUGAUGUUGAGGUCAAAGCGAGUGUCCGGGGAGAGUUGGCGUCAGAUGGUGUGAGGAAGAAGCUGAAAGUUGUACCCGAAGGGGAACGGAAAAAUAUUGUGACUGUUCUUGAACUGGACCCAAGCGUAAAAGGAGUUGAUGGAACCCAGGAACAAACGGUCAUAGCCAAUAAAUUAGAUGACAAGGUGCCUGAAACAGAAAUUGAGACCAAGAUUUCUGUUCUAGGUAAGAACUAGUUAUUUGAAACCCAGGC